UCCUGCACCGUAUAAAGCUACCUGCCUUUCGCUCUUCAGUAGCCUGCCUAUUCCUACACUGACGACACCAUAAAGACCUUGAAGGGUCCUUUCAGCGAAUAUACCCACAAAUGGGCAAUAAGAGUCCUUUAGUGUAAUUCACUGAUCUUUGCCAACCGACCCUCAUCCUCAAUCCUUUGUUGUUUUGCAGCAUCACCAAACAAAAAGGUUUCCCAUCUUCCAUCUUUGAGCGUUUUUGAAGGAAAGGUCGCAGAAAAUGGCAGCAAUUCCAUCUACCGGCUCUCUCAUCGCCACCCAUGAUUACUACAGAAGGCGCAUAGGAUCCACCUCUAGCAACAGCUCUUGUGGCAGUUCUGAGUAUGCUGGCGAAGUCAUUCCACACCCCCCAGGUCUGCAGAGACAGGACUCUGGUCACUGGUGGUCUUCUUUCUUCUUUGCAAACAAACAGAACCAGCCUGGCAGCAUGGUUGGAUCUGAACAGAAGAGUGGAACAUACACGGUGAACAACGGUCAGGUGACUUGUAUUGCCAGGGAGAUGGUGUUGAAGAGGCAGCUCAGUGAAAGCAGCGACUCUGGGAAGAUGGAACAUGGGAGCCCACCACCCUCCUAACUCCUUCUCCUCAACACCCAACAUCCCACUCCUCACCACCCCAUGGAGAUGGAGGCAGCGGAGACUACUUUUUUUACCUUUUAGUGAUGGAGGCUGCAUUUCCUCCCUCUUUGUUUAUAAAUAAUAUCUUUUUUAUAAUUAAAGACUAAAAAAGCCAAAGUUUUUUUUCCCCAAAUGUCUGUCUGAUAUCAUGCUUUUUGCUGUUAAAUAAAUCAAAGUAUUUAAUACA